AUGUGUCUGCGCCGCGCUCCCGCGGUGGGAUCGAGUCCCCGACUGUCGGUCGGUGGGGUCGGUCUGGGAAACUGCGGCCCUGCCCCCGCUCUCCACCCUGAUCCCAGUCGGAUCCACCCAGACCCGUACCCCCCCCCCGCCCCCACCGAUCUUAGACCCACUGCGGGAGCCGGAUCCCUUGGGGGCGGUGAGGAGAGCCCGAAGGAGACCAGGCUGGGCCCCAGUGCCUGCUAAGAACGUGACCUUCGAAGUAGAAAUUGGGGUGGGGGCUUUGAACCAGGUCACCUGGGAAAAGGCAGGGCUGGCGAGGAGGCGUCCGGGGUGAGGCCGGAGUCGGAUGGGGUGAAGACUCCCCACGGCGGCGGCAUCCUGGGGAGCCGCUGCUGACGAGAGGGGAGAGUCCCCUGGGCGUGGUGGGGAGCGGAUCCUCCCACCCGGCUGGAAACCUCUGCCAGUCGGGUGUGGAGGGGUGCCCUCAGACAUCCCUGCCACUGGUUGUGAUGUUUCUCUUCAGCUUUGCCACUUGGGCACCCCCACCCCUGAAAGCUCCCCAUAUCCCGUCCUCCUCCAUCUAAAAUGUGGGCUGGUUAUUCCGGGCCUCCCUUUCUAAUCUCUUUCUCCCAUCUCCUCUGGGUUCCAGCUUCCUCCCUCCUGCCCUCUUUAGAGAGAAGGAUGCGACUUGUAUUUCUCCCCAAUCCACGUGUGGCUUUUCGGGGAGGGGUGGGGAUGACUCGGUGCGAAGAGCAGCCUCCCCUGGCUUCCACACCCCACCACCUGGAGGGGAUACCAGGGCACAGAGAAGCACGGCAUGCAGCAGGGGCACAUCAGCAUUUGUUGAUGCUUAGGAUGAGGGAGACAGGAACAGGUGGUACCCAGAAGAGCACAGGGUGCCUCGGAAUCAGCUGUGGAAGGCUCUUCUACCUUCUGUAUGGGCUGCUUCAGCCACUCAGUGUCUGGCCUGCUCACCAGGCUGCAAGACGGCCCUGGGAGCAGAACACAUCACUGUGUGCCAGCAUGGGGCAUGAGCACCUCGGUCUGUCCUUGUAAGACCUGCAGUGCGAGUGUGUGUUAGGUGCCAGAGGGAGAGUGUCCGGGUGUGCAUGUGUGAGAGGCUGGGAACAGCUGGGUGUCCACGGCCUGACCCUGGACCUUUCCGAGGACCCCAUCCGAGAGCUCCCUGAGGGAUUCACUGCACCUUCUCCUGGCCCAGGACCAAGGGUCGGCCCAGAAGAAAGCCUGGCAGGGCUCUGGUUCCCGGCAGCCUCCCCCCGACCCUGCCCACCACAGGUGGGGUGACUGUGUGGGAUGCUUGGAGGCACAUCAGGUUUAGGGGUUGGAGGGUUACUCGAUCUGAGGCCCAGGCCACAUUCCAGCCUGGGUGUCCUCGGAGCUGGUAACCGGUAACCAGGAUGUAACCAGGAUUCCCCUGGGGAGCGAGCUGCUGCCCAACCCUCUUCCAACCGGAUGGUCUGCUUGGAUUAUCCCAUCCGGUUGCCUUGCCUGCAGGGCUGGGGGAGCUGGCUGCGGACCCCUCUGCCUCCUGCCCCCCACACUUGCUAGCCCAGGCACUCCUCCCUGAGGCUGGCUCUCAUUCCCCUGUCUGGGCUUCCUGGUUCUGGAUCCCAGGGACCCUAGGAGAGCAGGGUGGACCCAGCCAGGCACACAUGAUCACCCUCAGUAAGAAGUCAGACCGCACAGAGGGAAGGACGCACGGCAUCCCUCUGUCCGCACACAGUCCAAUCGCCCUGGAAACCCCAUUCCCUUCUGCUCACUGACCCUCGUUUCUGGAGUGCUUGGUAGGAGAGGGGGCAGGAGAAGCAGGAAAGGGACAGGGGAGAGGAUCGUACACUCAGGAUUUGAGGGCUGGAAAGCCGUGGCCCUGUGACUCUUAACACUAUUGUGGGGUCAUGGCCCCCCUUGAGAAUCUAAUAAAAGUUAUGGAACUGUCAUCAGAAAAACAUGCACACACACAAUUUCAAAGUAUUCGUGGAGCCCCUGUCCCACCUGUGAUUCCCUGGGAGGCCCCUGAGGUUUUUACUGGUAAGGAAAUUGAGUCCCAGAAAGAGAGUGUGGCUUGCCCCGUCCACGUUCAUUGGUGGUAGGGCCUGAGAGUGUGCACUCUCAGAGGCCCAGUAUGUCUGGCUGUGACCUGGGACACACGGACCCCCCCAUCACUGACACACACACACACACCCCAGGAAGGGGUUUGUUUCCAGGGAGAGCUGGCCUCUGAGGCGACUGCGUGAUGUGUAGGCAGGUCCAAUCUGGUUCUGGGCAGCUGGUGCUCCAGGGCAUGGGGCUGAGAUAAAGCCUCCCCAGUGCCACGGGCCUCACGCUCGCUGUCUCAGGCUGCCUUGGACACGCUGACCCCAGGCUGCAGUAGCAGCAGUGUGGAGCCGGGGAGGCCAGCCCCGGCCUCUGCUCACCUGCCACAGCAUUGGCUCGCCAAAGCCUCACAGCCCCCAAAGGUGACCUGGGGGUCGCCAUGCUGCUCCCUGCCCUCCUCUCUGGGACGGCAUGGGCACUGGCUAAUGGGCGGUGGUGUGAGCGGACAGAGACCAUCCUGGUGGAGGAGGAAGUAACCCCCCGUCAGGAGGACCUGGUGCCCUGCACCAGCCUCCAUCAUUACCAGCGCCGGGGCUGGCGGCUGGACUUGACCUGGAGUGGCCGUGCGGGGCUCUGUCCCAUCUACAAGUCCCCGGAAACCAGGCCUGCUGCAUGGAACCAGACGGUGAGGGCUUGCUGCCCAGGCUGGGGUGGGGACACCCACUGCACCCUGGCUCUUGCCGAAGCCAGCCUUGAGGGCCACUGCUUUGCCACAUGGCUGUGCCAGCUGAGGGCAGGCUCAGCUAACGCUUCCGUGGGAAGCCUGGAGGAGUGCUGUGCCCGGCCUUGGGGACACAGCUGGCGGGAUGGCCGCUCCCAGCCCUGCCACAGCUGCUCCAGCCGCAAACUCCCAGGUGGGUCCACAGACCCCAGCCUGCGGGAAAGGCACAGCCCCGGCCGUCACCUGCUCCCCCGACGGGCAGCUGCAGCCCAGGAUGUGUGCCAUCAGCUGCUGGACGGUGCAUGCAGGGAAUGCCAUGCCCAGGUGCCCCCUGCUGAGUACCACGAGGCCUGCCCCUUUGCCUACCGUGCUGCGGCCCCAGCGGGCAGUGGGCGGGAGGAGCGGCUGGAGGCCGCGUGCCCCACCGUGGCCAGCUACGCCCAGGAGUGCGCGCGGCGCAUCCACGUGCGCUGGAGGAAGCCCGGCUUCUGCGAGCGCCUGUGCCUGGGGGGCCGGCUGUGCUCGGACUGCGCCUCGGCCUGCCCGCCCAGCUGCUCGGCAGUGGGCGAGGGGGGCGAGGGGUCCUGCGGGGAAGAGUGCGUGAGCGGCUGCGAGUGCCCGCCCGGCCUCUUCUGGGACGGCGCCCUCUGUGUGCCUGCUGCCCGCUGCCCCUGCUACCACCGACGCCGGCGCUACGACCCCGGUGACAUCGUGCGCCGGCUGUGCAGCCUGCGCGUAGGCCAGGACGGCCGCUGGCUCUGCGCGCAGGCGCCGUGCCCAGCCGAGAGCGCGGUGGGCGGGGACGGGCAUUACCUCACCUUCGAUGGGCGGAGCUUCUCCUUCCGGGGCCGCGCGGGUCGUCGCUUCAGCCAGGUGCAGGACUUCGUAAAGAGGCAGCUACUGACUGUACUGGAGCACGGGGACUGCAACGCUGGGAGCUGCCUCCACGCCACCUCGGUCUCCCUGGGGGACACCCACGUCCAGCUCAGGGACUCAGGAGCAGUACUGGUGGACGGGCAGGAUGUGGUCUUGCCCUGGAGCGGCAGGGGCCUCAGCAUCUCCCACGCCUCUUCCACUUUCCUGCUGCUGUGCUGGCCUGGGGCCCGCGUCCUCUAGGGAGUGUCUGACCCUGCAGCCUACAUCACCCUGGACCCCCGCCAUGCCCUCCAGGUGGCCUGGAACCAGCAGGAUGACUUCCUGACUCCUGCUGGCGACGUGGAGACCAGCAUUGCCGCCUUUGCUAGCAAGUUCCAAGUGACAGGCGAGGGAAGGUGCCCCUCGGAGGACAGCGCCCCACUUUCCCGCUGCAGCACCCACACUCAGCGUCACAUUUUCGUGGAGGCAGCCUGUGCCAUCUUGCAUGGCCCAGUCUUCCAGGAGUGCCACAGGCUGGUGGGCAGGGAGCCGUUCCACCUGCGCUGCUUGACAGCUGUGUGUGGCUGCCCCCCUGGCAGGGACUGCCUGUGCCCCGUGCUCGCUGCCUAUGCUCGGCGCUGCGCCCAGGAGGGUGCCCUGCUUUCCUGGAGAGACCAGACCCUCUGCCCUGUCCUGUGUCCUGGUGGCCAGGAGUACCAGGAGUGUGCCCCAGUGUGCGGUCGGAACUGUGGGGAGACUGAAGGCUGUGGGGAGCUGGGCAGCUGUGUGGCCGGUUGUAAUUGCCCCCUGGGGCUGCUUUGGGACCCUGAGGGCCAGUGUGUGCCCCCCGGCUCAUGCCCCUGCCAGCUUGGGGCCCAUCGCUAUGCCCCUGGCAGUGCUACCAUGAAGGACUGCAACCGCUGCAUCUGCCAGGAGAGGGGCCUAUGGAAUUGCACUGCUCAACGCUGCGCCCCACCAUAGGCAUUCUGCCCCCGUGGGCUCGUCUACGUCCCUGGUGCCUGCCUCCUCACCUGUGACAGCCCCAGUGCCAACGGCUCCUGCCCCCCAGGCAGUAUGGGGGGCUGUGUCUGUCCCCCAGGAACUGUGCUGCUGGAUGAGGGCUGCAUACCUUCCGAGCUCUGUCCCUGCCGUCACGGUGGGCAGUGGUACCCGCCCAACGCUGCAAUCCAGGAGGACUACAACAUUUGGGUGUGCCAGGGUCGGCAGUGGCGCUGCACGGGCCAGCGGUGUGAUGGACGGUGCCAGGCAUCAGGUGCCCCCCACUAUGUGACAUUUGAUGGGCUGGCCCUCACCUUCCCCGGGGCCUGCGAGUAUCUGCUGGUGCGAGAGGCCAGCGGCCGUUUCACAGUCUCUGCCCAGGACCUGCCCUGCGGGGCCAGCGGCCUCACCUGCACCACGCUGACCGUGCGGCUGCAGAGCACCGCUGUGCACAUGCUGAGAGACCAGGCAGUGACAGUGAAUGGGGUGAGUGUAACGCCCCCCAAGGUCUACACGGGCUCCGGCCUGAGCCUGCGCCGUGCAGGCCUCUUCCUGCUUCUCACCACCUGCCUGGGUCUCACCCUGCUCUGGGAUGGAGGCACCCGGGUCCUGGUGCAGCUGUCCCCCGAGUUCCGCGGCCGGGUGGCUGGGCUGUGUGGAGACUUUGAUGGAGACGCCAGCAAUGACCUUUGGAACCGCCGGGGAACCUGCCUGGAGCCCACGGCUGAACUGGCCGCCCACUCCUGGUGCCUCAAUCCUCUCUGCCCCGAGCCACGGGACCUGCCGCCCCCCUGCGCCGUGAACGCCCACUGGGCCGGCUGGGCCCGCGCCCGCUGCGGGGUGAUGCUGCAGCCGCUCUUCGCCCGGUGCCAUGCGGAGGUGCCCCCAGAGCAGCACUGCGAGUGGUGUGUGCAUGACAUCCGCGGAUGUGAUUCAGGGGGCGACUGUGAGUGUCUCUGUCCGGCCAUCGCCACUUACGCAGACGAAUGUUCCCGGGCCGGGACCCACAUGCACUGGCGCAGCCAGGAGCUCUGCCCUCUGCAGUGUGAAGGGGGCCAGGGGUAUGAGGCCUGUGGCCCCGCGUCCCCCCCCACCUGCCAUGACCACGGUCCUGAGCCUGGGUGGCACUGCCAGGCUGUUGCCCGUGUGGAGGGCUGCUUCUGUCCUGAGGGGACUCUGCUGCACUGCGUGUAGGGAGUCUGCCUCGAGCCGGCUCCCUGCCCCUGCGAGUGGCGAGGCAGCUUCUUCCCCCCGGGCACCGUACUGCAGAGAGACUGUGGCAACUGCACGUGCCAGGAAAGUCAGUGGCUUUGUGGGGAUGACGGUAGCCGCGGUGAGGGGCCGGUGCCUGGUGGUGCGGAGGGAGAGGCCCCAUGCCAGGAGAGCGGGCACUGUGUGCCCCACGGGUGGCUUUGUGACUACCAGGAUGACCGUGGCGAUGGCUCAGACAAGGAGGGCUGUGCCACCCCAGGCCGUGGGGAGGGGCAGAUGUCUUGCAGCUCCGGCCACUGCCUGCCCCUGGCCCUGAUCUGUGAUGGGCAGGAUGACUGUGGAGACGGGACGGAUGAGCAGGGCUGCCCGUGCCCCCAGGACUCACUGGCCUGCGCUGACGGGCGCUGCCUGCCCCCCGCCCUGCUCUGCAAUGGGCACCCUGACUUUCCGGACGCUGCUGACGAGGAGUCCUGUCGGGGGCAAGUGAACUGCGCCCCUGGGGAGGUGUCGUGCGUCGAUGGUGCCUGCGUGGGGACCAUCCACCUGUGUGAUGGAAUCUGAGACUGCCCAGAUGGAGCCGACGAGGGGCCUGGGCACUGCCCCCUCCCCUCUCUGCCCACUCCCCCGGCUGGUACCUUGCCUGGCCCCGCCGCUGUCUCCAGGGAGACUGCACCUACUCCCCAGGUGAGCGUCACGCCGCCCUGCGGCCCCUUCGACUUCGCGAGCGGCGGCGAGGAGGACUGCGCCGACGGCGGCGACGAGAGCGGCUGCGACCGGCCCUGCGCGCCGCACCUCCCGCCCUGCGCCCGCGGCCCGCUCUGUGUGGCCCCCGCGCAGCUGUGCGACGGCUCGGACGGGGACCCCGGCGCCUGCGAGGGGCAGCCAGUCCCAGGAGGCCCCAACAGAACAGGGCUUCCCUGCCCAGGAUACUCCUACCCGGAUGGCCUCUGCCUCGGUUUCCAGCUGGUGAGGGUGGGGAGCAGGUGGUGCCCCCAAAGCGGAAGUCGCCCUGACCCCAUUCCCUCCCCAGGUGUGCGAGGCAGCCUGACUGAAUUGGCGGGGGAGGCAGGGCCCUCCCGGGAAGGGCAGGGCUGUGAGGCCUGGGGCCCCUGGAGCCCAUGGGCGCUGUGCAGCCAGACGUGUGGGCCCGGGGUGCAGGGCUGCAGUCGCCGCUGCUCCCCGCCCAGUCUCCCGGUGCUGCGGCACUGCCCGGGCCUCGAGCCCCAGACUCAGGCCUGCUUCACGGCCGCCUGCCCCGUGGACGGUGAAUGGACCUCCUGGUGUCCCUGGUCCCCGUGCUCUGAGCCAUGCAGGGGCACCAGGACCCGGCAGCGGCAGUGCCGCCCACCCCGGAACGGCGGCCAGACCUGUGCCGUGCUGCCUGGGGACCCUCCCAGCACCCGCCAGACCAGUGAACCCUGCCCUCAGGACGGCUGCCCCAAUGUCACCUGCUCCGGGGAGCUGGUGUUCCAUCCCUGUGCCCCUUGCCCUUUGACCUGUGAUGACAUCUCUGGUCAGGCCGAGUGCCCCCCUGACCGGCCCUGCAGCAGCCCAGGCUGCUGGUGCCCCACAGGGCAGGUGCUGGGUGACGAGGGGCGCUGGUGGCCGUGGCAGCGCCCCUGCCUGGUGGACGGCACCCACUGCUGGUGCGGGCAGCGCAUCGAGGCCGACUGCCGGCUCUGCAUCUGCCAAGAUGGACGGCCCCGGCGCUGCCGGGCCAACCCAGACUGUGCUGUGAACUGUGGCUGGUCAUCCUGGUCCCCCUGGGCCGAGUGCCUGGGCCCCUGUGGGAGCCGGAGCAUUCAGUGGUCCUUCCAGAGCGCCAACAAUGCCCGCCUCGCUGGCCAAGGUCGCCAGUGCCGGGGCAUCCACCGCAAGGCCCGCAGGUGCCAGACGAGGCCCCGUGAGGGCUGUGAGCAGCGCCGGGUCCGCCGAGUGGGGGAUCGCUGGCGAGAGGGCCCCUGCAGGGUCUGCUGGUGUCUGCACGACAGCACGUCACGCUGCUCCCUCUACUGCCCGCUGGGCAGCUGCCCCCAGCCUGACUCUUGUGCCCGCAGGGUUCUGGUGGAGGGAGUGGGAGAGUCAUGUUGCCACUGUGUCCUGCCUGGUGAGUGGGUCUGCGGGGUGGCAGAGGAGCCCCAAGGGGAGGAGGAUGGCGAGGACUCAGAGAGAGCCACAGGUCGCAGCACCGAGUCAGGGGGGCACCGGCUACCCCAGCCUCAGGGUGGUGGGAGCCUGGGUCCUGGAUGCUGGGGAAGGAAGGGGCCCUCUGGGGUGGGGCUGCUUUUUCCUGGGAACUGGGAUGACGUGGCCCCCGCAAUGUGGACGUUUGGCUGGAUGGUGCAGGCGUGGUACAUCUGGGUGUGGCCCCUCGAUGUGCACCUCAGCGCCGCCCCCCACGGGGAGGCCAACCAUGGCAUCCCCGUGCCGGAGCUGCUGGGCUGUGAGCCAGGUACAGGCUGGGCUGGGGGCGGGAGCGGGCAGGAGGGACGGGCAGGACCCCUCAGCCAUCCCCCUGCACCCGUGUCCCCACCGGCAGCGCCCCCAUGCCCGGGGGUUGGGCACCGCUGUGCCAGUGGCGAGUGUGCCCUGAGGGGGGCCCCGUGCGCUGGUGUGGAAGGCUGUGAGGCCGGCUCCGAUGAGGAGGGCUGUCUGCCCCCGCCCGCAGGCACUGGCAGGCUCCCGUCCACAGCCUGGACCCCGGCCCUCUCCUCCACCCAGCCUGGGCAGCUGCCCCUGAGCCCUCUCCCUCCGCAGGGGCUGGCAGAGGCAGAGGCUGAACGCUGGCGUUAGCAGGGAUCACCCGUGCCCCCCACAGGCAAGGGGCCAGUGAGUCUUGCGUCCACAUCUCACCCAAGCCUUGGGGAAACUGUGCAGACCGAGACCACUACCCCUACCUCCCAGCCUGAGGCCAAGGCCCUGAGACCAGAAAUGGCAGCCAUGACGGUGCUCCCUCCACACCCGAUGACGCCUGUGGCUCCUGCUGGACAGAGCAUUACCCCGGGGCCCUUCCCGCCCGUGCGGUGCAGCCCAGGCCAGGCGCCCUGUGAGCUGCUGGGCUGUGUGAAGCAGGAGCAGCUGUGUGAUGCGGAAGAGGACUGUCUGGACGGCUCCGAUGAGAGGUCCUGUGCGAGCACUGUGCCCUUCCCGGUGCCCACCACGGCCCUGCCUGGGCUGCCGGCCUCGAGAGGCCUCUGCUCGCAGAGUCAGCUGAGCUGCGGCAGCAGGGAGUGUCUGCCAGCCGAGCGGCGCUGUGACCUGCAGCCCGACUGCCAGGACGGCUCGGACGAGGACGGCUGUGUGGACUGUGGGCUGGCGCCCGGGUCUGGCUGGAGCAGCUGCACAAGCUGUGGCCUGGGCCUCGCCUUCCAGCGCCGGGAGCUGUGGCGGCCUCCCCUGCCUGGGGGCAGCUGCCUGCCCAGGCCUUGUCUGAAGCCCCAGCCCUGCCCUCUUCCUGCCUGCACAGUGGCCGGGGCGUGGGCCGUGUGGGAGGCCUGGGGGCCCUGCAGCGUCUCUGGUGGGGGAGGCCAUCGGAGUCACCGGAGGAGCUGUGUGAACCCCCCGCCCGAGGAUGGUGGUGCCCCCUGCCGCGGGGCCUCCCAAGAGAGGGCACCCUGCGGCUUGCAGCCCUGCACAGGUGGCACAGACUGCAGGCUGGGCCGUGUGCGUGCGAAUGCUGAGCUGUGCCAGACGGGGCUGGUGCCCCCGUGCCCACCUUCCUGCCUGGAUCCUGAGGCCAACAGAAGCUGCGGCGGACACUGUCUGGAAGGGAUGCCGCUGCCCCCCGGGCUCCUCCUCCAGGACUCUCGUUGCCUGCUGGGCGAAGCAGCCAGGGUGCCCUUCCUCCUGGACGACUGCAGCCGAUGGCAGAGCCGUCCCAGCAGAGGUCUCUGCGUCUCACUGGUGCGCAGGGCGACGGGGCAGCGGGCAGAGCAGGGGAGUUGGGGUGCAGGCGUGGGUCCACGGGGGGUCCGGGCCAGGCUCUUGCAGCAGGAGAAGGAAGGAGGGGCCGAGGCGCUGGGCUGGACACCCUGGGGUCCCCGGUCCGCCUGCUCUCGGAGCUCCCUCGUCCCUGGAGGGGGCCCAGGCUGGCGCAGCCAUUCCUGGCUCUGCCCCAACCCUGGGGACACGUCCUGCCCAGGAGAGGCCACCCAGGAGAAGCCCUGCAGCCCGGCUGUGUGCCCAGGUGUCGGCGGCUGGGCUCUGUGGGCCGCCUUGUCCACCUGCUCUGCGCCCUGCGAUGGAGGCGUCCAGACACGCGGGCACAGCUGCUCUGCCUCAGCUCCUGGGGACCCCGGGUGCCAGGGACCCCACAGCCAGACCAGGGACUGCAACACGCAGCCCUGCACAGCCCAGUGCCCAGGCGACAUGGUGUUCCGCUCAGCUGAGCAGGGCCACCCGGAGGGGGGCCCACGCCCUCGGCUGUGCCUGGCGCAGGGCCCUGGGGUGGAGUGCACCAGCGUCUGCACCCCUGGCUGCGCCUGUCCCCCUGCCCUCUUCCUGCACGACGCCAGCUGCCUGCCCCUGAGUCAGUGCCCCUGCCAGCUGCGCGGGCAGCUCUAUGCACCUGGAGCAGUGGCCCGGCUGGACUCCUGCCAUAACUGCACCUGUAUCUCUGGUGAGAUGGUGUGCACCUCGGAGCCCUGCCCAGUCGCCUGUGGCUGGAGCCCCUGGACCCCGUGGAGUCUCUGCAGCCGCAGCUGCAAUGUGGAUGUUCGGCGGUGCUUCCGGGCAGGCACUGCGCCCCCAGCUGCCUUCGGGGGGACUGCGUGCCAGGGUCCCAACAUGGAGGCUGAAUUCUGCAGCCUGUGGCCAUGUGGAUGUGAGAGCUGGGACCCGUGUCCUCAACCCUCUGGGGAGUGGGGCCCCUGGUCUCUGUGCUCCGUGCCCUGCGGGGGUGGCUACCGGAAUUGCACCGGAGGGAGUGGCGGGCCCAGCCCUGUGGACUUCUCCACCUGUAGCCUGCAGCCCUGUGCAGGGCCAGUGCCUGAUGUGUGUCCCCCGGGCAAGCAGCGGCUGGACUGUGCACAGGGCCCUGCUUCCUGUGCAGAGCUCAGUGCCCCGAGAGGGACUGACCAGCCCUGCCCUGGCUGCUGCUGCCCAUCCGGGACGUUCCUUCUGAACAACGUGUGUGUGCCUACCCAGGACUGCCCCUCCACCCACGGGGGACACCUCCACCCCCCAGGCAGUGCUGUGAUUCGUCCAUGUGAGAACUGCUCCUGUGACUCUGGGCUCAUCACCAACUGCACCUCCUGGCCUUGUGAGGAGGGUCAGCCCACGUGGUCACCCUGGACCCCAUGGAGCGAGUGCUCGGCCUCCUGUGGCCCUGCCCGACGCCACCGGCACCGCUUCUGCACCAGGUCCCCCGGCGUUACACCAUCCAGCUUGGCACUGCUGCCCCCACUGGCUUCAGCCCCACCCCUUUGCCCACGCCCUGAGGCAGAGGAGGAGCCCUGCCUCCUGCUGGGGUGUGACCGUGUCCCGUGGAGCCCAGAUCCAAGCCCUCGCCACUCCUGUGUGGGCGGCCUCCGGAGCCGGACCCCACCCCGGGGCCUGGGGGAUUACUGCGAGGGGCCUCGGGCGCAGGGGGCCGCCUGCCAGGCUCUGCCAAGCCCAGUGACCAACUGCACCGCCAUCCAAGGGGCCGAGUACAGCCCCUGUGGCCCUCCCUGUCCUCGCUCCUGUGACGACCUCGUGCCCUGCGUUUGGCACUGCCAGCCAGGCGGUUACUGCCCGCCGGGCCAGGUGCUGAGUGCCGACGGCGCUGUCUGCGUGCAGCCCAGCCACUGCAGCUGCCUGGACCUGCUGACCGGGGAGCGGCACCGUCCCGGCGCUCAACUGGCGAGGCCCGAUGGCUGCAACUACUGCACCUGCUCGGAGGGCAGGCUGACCUGCACAGACCUGCCUUGCCCAGUGCCUGGAGGCUGGUGCCCAUGGUUGGAGAGGACGGCGUGCUACCAGCCCUGCCAGGGCCAGACGAGGACCCGCUCCAGGGCCUGCACCUGUCCGGCUUCUCAGCAUGGAGGGGUCCCAUGCCUCAGGGAGGCGGGGGAGGCAGGGGCCCAGUAUCAGGGGGAGACCUGCGCCAGCCCCCCUGAGUGCCCAGUGGAUGGAGCCUGGGGCCCAUGGGGACUGUGGUCUCCCUGUGACGUUUGCCUGGGGCAGUCCCAUCGGAGCCGAGCAUGUAGCUGGCCCCCCACUUCUGAGGGAGGCCGGCCCUGCCCUGGGGGCCAGCAGAGUCGCCCCUGCCAGGACAAUUCUACUCAAUGCACAGACUGUGCAGGUGGCUAGGGUCUUCUCCCCUGUGGGCGGCCCUGCCCCCGCUCCUGCCAGGACCUGUCCCCCAGGGUCAUGUGCCAGCCAGGCUCAACAGGCUGCCAGCCCCGCUGUGGGUGCCCCCCUGGCCAGCUGUCCCAGCACGGCCUUUGUGUGUCCCCAGCCCAAUGCCGCUGCCAGUACCAGCCUGGAGCCAUGGGGAUCCCUGAGAACCAGAGCAGGUCCGCAGGGUCUGGGCUCAGCUCCUGGGAGAGCCUGGAGCCCGGGGAGGUGGCGACUGGACCGCGUGACAACUGCACCUGUGUGGCGGGCAUCCUGCAGUGCUGGGAGGUGCCCGACUGCCCCGGGGUGCGGGGCUCCUGGGGUCCCUGGGAGGACGGCAGUGUUUCGUGUGGAGGAGGGGAGCAGCUGUGCUCCCGGCGCUGCGCCCGGCCGCCCUGCCCCAGGCCUGCCCACCAGAGCCGCAUCUGCUGCGCCCAGGUCUGCAGAGAGGCAGGCUGCCCGGCCGGGCGUCUGUACCAGGAGUGCCAGCCUGGCGAGGGCUGCCCCUUCUCCUGCACCCACAUCACUCGGCAGGUGGGCUGCUUCUCCGCUGGCUUCGAGGAGGGCUGUCACUGCCCCGAGGGCACCUUCCUGCACCGUUUGGCCUGUGUCCAGGAGUGCUCCUGUGUGCUGACUGCCUCACUGCUGCAGGAGCUGGGAGCUGCCGGCACUGACCCGGGGGCUCACCUGUCCAUUCUGGGAGAGGGGCGUCAGCCCCUUGGGCCUGGAGAUGAGUUGGGCUCAGGUCAGACCCUCCAUACAGGCUGCAGCAACUGCUCCUGUGUGCACGGGAAGCUGUCCUGCUCCGUGGGUGACUGCUCCACGGCUGGGGUUGGCGUCGGUCCCCGGGGCCCAUGGGGCCCCUGCUUCCGCUCCUGUGGCGGGCUGGGCACCCGCACCUGCAACUGCCACUGUGCACGCCCCACAUCCACUCCCGGUGGCCAGGACUGCCGUGGGCCCCGCCUGCCCGAGGUGAGCAGAGAGGGGGGCUGCCGGCCCGGGGGAGUCAGGUCGAGCGGCGAGUGUCCCUCCGGAGAAAUGUGGCAGCAGGGCCCCGGGGAGCUGGGGCCCUGUGAGCAGACGUGCCGGGAGCCCAGCGGCACGGAGACUCAGAGCAACUGCAGUGCGUGGCAGGUCCCGGGCUGUGUGUGCCGGCGCGGGCACUUCCGCAGCCAGGAGGGCCCCUGCGUGCCUGCAGACCGCUGCGAGUGCUGGCACCACGGGUGUCCCCACCCGCCUGGAUCCGAGUGGCAGGAGGCCUGUGAGAGCUGCCACUGCAUCAGUAGGAGGAGCGUCUGCACCCAGCAUUGACCCCUGCUCACCUGUGCCCAGGGCGAGGUGGCCGUGCAGGAGCCAGGGAGCUGCUGUCCCACUUGCCACCAGGAGACUCCGGAGGAGCAGCCCUCCUGCUGGUACCUCACCGAGCUUCACAACCUCACCAAGGGCCCCUGCUACCUGGACCAGGUGGAAGUGAGCUACUGCGGUGGGCACUGCCCGUCCAGCACCAACGUCCUGCCCGAGGAGCCGUACCUGCAAAGGCAGCGUGACUGCUGUAGCCACCGCCUGGACCCCGAGAACCCGGUGCGGAUCUAGAACCUGCGCUGUCCCGGCGGCCACACAGAGCCGGUGGUGCUGCCCGUCAUCCGCAGCUGCCAGGGCAGCACCUGCCCGGUGCCUGGCAACAUGACAGGCAACCAAUGA